ACCGAAAACCCAGGGUGUAGAAAAGCUUCUUCUCUUUGAAUGACAGAACCACAGCAUAAUGCGUGGCUUCAACCUGCUCUUCUUCUGGGGAUGUUGUGUUAUGCACAGCUGGGAAAGGCACACAGGACCCACACUGAAACCAACGACAAAGGAUAAUAAAUGUAGAGACAGUACCAUGUGCCCAUCUCAUGCCAUCUGCACCAGCACUGUGGACAGUUACUAUUGUGCUUGCAAACAAGGAUUCCGGUCCAGCAAUGGACAAAAUCACUUCAAGGAUCCAGGAGUGGAAUGCAAAGAUAUUGAUGAAUGCACUGAAAUGUGUCCCAUCAAUUCAACAUGCACCAACACUCCUGGGAGCUACUUUUGCACCUGCCACCCUGGCUUUGCACCAAGCAAUGGACAGUUGAAUUUCACAGACCAAAAAGUGGAAUGUAGAGAUAUUGAUGAGUGCCGCCAAGAUCCAUCAACAUGUGGUCCAAAUUCUAUCUGCACCAAUGCUCUGGGCUCCUACAGCUGUGGCUGCAUUGCAGGCUUUCGUCCCAAUCCAGAAAGCUCCCAGAAAGACGGCAACUUCAGCUGCCAAAGGGUUCCCUUCAAAUGUAAGGAAGAUGUGAUACCCGAUAAUGAGCAGGUCCAGCAAUGCCAAGAGAGAACCACAGUGAAACCUGAAUAUGUCUCCUUCUGUGCACAAAUAAAUAACAUCCUCAGUGUUCUGGACAAAGUGUGUGAAAAUAAAACAACUGUAGUUUCUCUGAAGAAUACAACUGAGAGCUUUGUCCCUGUGCUUAAACAAAUAUCCACGUGGACCAACUUCACCAAGGAGGAGACGUCCUCCCUGGCCACAGUCUUCCUGGAGAGCGUGGAAAGCUUGACACUGGCAACUUUUUUGAAACCCUCAGCAAAUGUCACUCAGACUGUUCGGACGGAUUACUUAGACAUUGAGAGCAAAGUUAUCAACAAAGAAUGCAGUGAAGAGAAUGUGAACUUGAGCUUGGCAGCCAAGGGGGAUAAGAUGAAGAUCCGGUGUUCCACAAUUGAGGAAUCUGAAUCCACAGGGACCACUGGUGUGGCUUUUGUCUCCUUUGUGGGCGUGGAGUCUGUUUUAAACGAACGCUUCUUCCAAGACCACCAGGCUCCCCUGACCACCUCGAAGAUCAAGCUGAAGAUGAAUUCUCGAGUCGUUGGGGGCAUCAUGACUGGGGAGAAGAAAGAUGGCUUCUCAGAUCCAGUCAUCUACACUCUGGAGAACAUUCAGCCAAAGCAGGAGUUUGAGAGGCCCAUCUGUGUUUCCUGGAGCACCGAUGUGAAGGGUGGAAGAUGGACAUCCUUUGGCUGUGUGAUCCUGGAAGCCUCUGAGAUACAUACCGUCUGCAGCUGUAAUCGGAUGGCGAAUCUUGCUGUUAUCAUGGCUUCUGGGGAGCUCACGAUGGACUUCUCCUUGUACGUCAUUAGCCACGUGGGCAUGAUCAUCUCCUUGGUGUGCCUCGUCUUGGCCAUCGCCACCUUUUUGCUGUGUCGCUCCAUCCGAAAUCACAUCACCUACCUCCACCUGCACCUCUGCGUGUGUCUCCUCUUGGCCAAGAUCCUCUUCCUCGCCGGUAUAGACAAGACUGACAAUCAGAUGGGCUGCGCCAUCAUCGCGGGCUUCCUGCACUACCUUUUCCUUGCCUGCUUCUUCUGGAUGCUGGUGGAGGCUGUGAUGCUCUUCUUGAUGGUCAGAAACCUGAAGGUGGUGAAUUACUUCAGCUCUCGCAACAUCAAGAUGCUGCACAUCUGUGCCUUUGGUUAUGGGCUGCCGGUGCUGGUGGUGGUGAUCUCCGCCAGUGUGCAGUCGCAGGGCUAUGGAAUGCAUAAUCGCUGCUGGCUGAAUACAGAGACAGGGUUCAUCUGGAGUUUCUUGGGGCCAGUUUGCACAGUCAUAGCGAUCAACUCCAUCCUCCUGACCUGGACCUUGUGGAUCCUGAGGCAGCGGCUUUCCAGUGUCAAUGCCGAAGUCUCAACACUAAAAGACACCAGGUUACUGACCUUCAAGGCCUUUGCCCAGCUCUUCAUCCUGGGCUGCUCCUGGGUGCUGGGCAUUUUUCAGAUUGGACCUGUGGCAGGUGUCAUGGCCUACCUAUUCACCAUCAUCAACAGCCUGCAGGGGGCCUUCAUCUUCCUCAUCCACUGUCUGCUUAACCACCAGGUACGAGAAGAAUACAAGAGGUGGAUCACUGGGAAGAUGAAGCCCAGCUCCCAGUCCCAGACUUCAAGCAUCUUGCUGUCCUCCAUGCCAUCCACUUCCAAGACGGGUUAAAGCCCUUUCUUGCUUUCAAAUAUGCUAUGGAGCAACAGUUGAGGACAGUAGUUUCCUGCAGGAGCCUACCCUGAAAUCUUCUCUUCGCAGCUUGACAUGGAAAUGAGGAUCCCACCAGCCCCAGAACUCUCUGGGGAAGAAUGUUUGGGGCCGUCUUCCCAGGGUUGUAAGCACUGAUGAGAAUCAGGGGUUUCUGCUCCAAAUGAUCAUUUUAUCUUCUGUGCUCUGCAACUCCUUGAGUUCCAGAGUUUUUGAGAACAGACCCAAAUUCAAUGGCAUGACCAAGAACAUCUGGCGACCGUUUUGUUUUCUCCCACCCUUGUUGGUGCAUGGUUCUAAGCGUGCCCCACUAGCGCCUAUCACACGCCGGACGCAGAGGACCUCUCAGUAAAUUAUUUGUCG